UGUUGUUGUCGAUGCAGGACAUGUCAGGCGAGUCCAGCUUCAUGAAGUGUUUUCGCACAGUUGGUUCUUGUUUUUGCAGGUGACUGUGCAUGAAGAGGAUGGGGGUCAACGCAUCAUGUCAGGCUGAUGCGGGGGUCGGUCCUCAGGCCAUCUUCAACGCUUGGCGGCCUCCGUUUUUGGAUGUACGAUGUCGCAUUGGAGCCGCUGUCUUUCCGACCCCGGAGAAAAAGAAGAAAUUGACCAGCCUGGCAACCUUGAGGAAGAAGCUGAUUCGUCGGCGUCGGUCGUCCAAGUCAUGCGACCAUGCGCGGGUAAUCAGAGAGCUGGUGAGUGACUGGACUGUACAGGAGGUGACGGCACUGUGGGAGGAGUAUGAAGCAAGUGCAGCUCUUAAGGAUCUUACCGUGCAGGCUGACUUGGCACGACCGCCAGCCCCGACGUACAAACAAGAUCUCAGUGACCUGUUUGACUACAAGUACUGCACGGAUGUUGACCUGGUGUUCCAGGGAGCCAUCUUCCCCGUCCACCGGGCCAUCCUGAGUGUCCGUUGUCCAUACUUCCAGGAGGUGCUGAAGAAGAUACCUGGCUAUGGGGCCCAGAUUGGUGUGGAUAUACGGACUCCUGGGAUAGACAUUCCGAUGUUCAGUGCUCUUUUACGUUACUUAUACACAGGGGAAUUCAAUGCAUAUGAUGGGACGAGUAAAGCUCAAAUGGGUCUCAGUAACUUGGACAUGUUAAUGCAGUUGUGUGAGGAAUUUGGGACGCCCAACCCACUUGAGUGCGAUCUUAGGUACCUGUUGGAUUCUGGUGAUUAUGCGGACUGUGUGUUAGUGUUUUCUGCAAGUGGGGAAAUGAACCAGUCUGACCAAAAUGGAGAGGCUGGUUCAUCGGAUUACGGUUUUCACAAUCGGUUAGAACUUUACUGUCACAAAGCUAUUCUCAGUGCACGCUCACCAUUCUUCAGAAGCCUGAUUCAGCGCAGACAACGAUACAGUGAAGACAUGUAUGAACGAGGAAUUCCCCAACCAACGAGAAUAGUAUUAGACGAAGGUGUCAUACCCAAGAGAUAUGCCAGGGUGCUUCUUCAUGCUGUAUACCUGGAUACUUUAGACCUCUCCUGUAUCAUACGCGAUUCCACCAGCACCAACAGCUUGAGUGAAGCACAAAGCAUUGUGCAGACAGGCCGCACUCACAUGACAGUUGUGGAAGAGGCCAUGGAAAUUUACCAAAUUGGACGCUUUCUGGAAUUGGAUAUACUAACCCAGGGUUGUGAAGAUCUGAUAGUGGAGUCGGUCAGCCUUGAUAACCUGGUAUCAGUUUUGCGCUGGUCUGGAGAAGCCCACGGUUCAGCCUGGGUACAUCGUCAGGCACUGCACUUUCUGCGGGAGGAAUUCUCUCAGGUUGCUCAGUCAGGUGUAUUACUGGAACUGGAUAAAUCAACGUUAUUAGAAGCCUUGAUAUCAGACUUCUUGCAAGCAGCAGAAUUAGAUGUCCUGCAAGCAACACUGCGAUGGGGAGAACACCAGUUGCUUCGGCGGAUGGAAGAUAGAGAACCCAAUCUAGUGUCCCAAACGGCUCACUCGGUAACUCGUAAAGGAUUGAGAAAAAGGGACAUGAACGACGUGGAGUUGCGAGAGAUACUGUCAGAGCUCCUGCCUCAUGUUCGCAUGGACCACGUCUUACCUCCGAACCAUGACAUUCUCACACAGGCUAUUAAACGAGGUUUGGUGUCAACCCCACCGAGUCAUAUGAUAGGAGAUGAUACAACAAACUACAGGGUGAAUGCUUGGAUACGAAGUAAAAACAAUGGCUUGUUUGUCAAACCCAGGCUUUUUACUCCAUAUGCUGAGGAAAUAAAGUCUGUGGUAGAUGAGCAGACUGCUGGUGGAGUGGACGUGGUCCGACUGCAGUGUUAUGUCUCCCACAUCCCUGAUGCGCUUUACAUGGUAGAAGACAAUGCUCCUCACCAACCAACUUAUGCUCCACCUACCACUGUGGAUGUUGUUGCAGCUGCCAUACCAGUGCUAUCAAUGGUAAGGCGUGAGAGAGAGCUGGUGUCCACCCCGGGCUAUCAGCGAGCUGCCUCACUCCUUUUUAGUGACCGACGAAUGCUCAGACGACAAGUGCGCUUACGUGUUGUGAGGGAAUUCAACUUGCCAGAUUCUGUUGCUGAUGUGUUGGAGGGAGCUUCCUACACCGAAGAGGAAGAGGAAGAAGUGGAGAAGCGUUGUUCAGUUAGGGACGAGGGCAGGUCCAAAUUACAUCCUCCUGAAUUCCUCUUGGAUCCACUUCUCGAGCCUCCUUCACACCACUUCCGUCUUAUGCAAGGUGAUGAAGGACACUUGAGUGAUAUGGUGCCAGAUGUAGCUCUGGCCUCCUCCUCGCUGUCUGCCUUGCAUCUGGGAGGAAGUAGUUUGGAUGAUCGUCACUUAGGCAGCCUUGAGGGCCUUGAAGACCUGGAAGGAACGCAGAUGUCAUUAGAUCUGGGCGAUGGAUCACACCACCAGGUUGGGUCUCACCUCACCUUGGGAGGUUCAUGCAGAAGAAGGUCCAGCAGACGCCGUCGGCUGCCGCCACACUUUACACCUCCACCUCUGUCUGGCCACCAUACGUAUGGGGGCCCUCCACCUCGGUCUCCAUGCACUCCCCCUCUCAGACCUCACUCCUCCACUGCCACUGUGACCCGCCAUCAUGCCACCACCACACCCCCGCUGUUCCUCUGACAUCAACACUUCCACUCCUUGCAUUACCGCAGUCACAGUCACCGACACUACCAUCAUGUGCGCUACUCACCCCCCACGAGGCCGCGCACACCCAUGUUCUAAAUGCCGCUAAACUUCAAUUGCUUCUUUUAUGUCAGAUUUGUUAAACGUAUAUUUCCAAGCAAUGGAUAGCAUGUAUCCAUUUGUUUUAAGGGUGAAGCUAAGGAAUGUAGAAGAGAGGCAACCCUUAAGUCCUGUUUGCCAAAUUGCUAGUGAACAAAUCUGAUUAAAAAAAGAAAGAAAAGUAGGUUGAACACACUUUCCAACACUGCCGAAAUAUUUCAGGUGUACAUGAUUAUUAUUCAGUGAUGAAUCGGCAUCUCUUAGCGUCAAGUUAGUGGGCAUUCUAUCUUAAAAGUACGACUGUGGAAGCAAGGUGUGGAAGAAUGGAAGUCAUAUUUUGCAUUGCAUCUCUUUCAUAAAGAAAGAAAGAAAAAAAACAAAAGAUUUUCCUUCCUUUCAUAUAUACUUUUAUCUCUCUUUAUUUACUCUGCUCAUCUCUUUAUUAUUCCUUAGAAAGAUUUAAAAAGAUGCCUUAUUUUCACAAGUAAUUGUCUGGUUGUCUGGAAAAGCCUGAUAUUGACUAUGAAAAAAGACAUCAGCUGUACAGACUCCUUUUUCUUUAUAAGUUGAUCAUGUUGUUGAAAAUCAUUUUAAUUAUUAAGAUUAUUUUCUCAUAACUACUGUUUUUAAUGGUAGAGUUGAUGUCAUAGUAAUGAUAAUUGUUAUUAUGUAAUUAUGAUUAUGAUAAUGACUAUAAUUAUGAUCAUAACUAUGAUUAUUAAGUAGAGUAACAGUUUUUAUUAUG